AUGGCAAGUGGGUUUUCUGGCGUGAAUGGUGGCAGUUCCAAUACCGCUGCCACAGAGGUUACGGUGCCAAAGCGUGCCAUCGACACCAACGGUAAUGUUUUCGAAGUGCCAGACUUUACUAUCAAAGACAUUUUAUCCGCCAUUCCCAAAGAGUGCUACAAGAGAGAUUUGUGGUGGUCGCUGCACUACGUGGUGCGCGACAUAGCUGCGAUCACAUUGAUCGGGUAUGUGGGUACCAAUUACAUCCCCGUAUGGUUUCCUUCUAGUGCCCUCGCUCGUGCAGCUGCUUACAUGGUCCAGUCGUAUUUGAUCGGGCUGUUUGGCUUUGGACUGUGGAUUUUGGCCCAUGAAUGUGGCCACUCUGCGUUUUCGGAUUCGAACGCGGUUAACGACACUGUUGGAUGGGUCCUUCAUUCGUGGUGGAUGGUUCCAUAUUUUUCCUGGAAGUUUUCGCACAGUAAGCACCACAAGGCUACAGGCCAUAUGACCCGCGACAUGGUGUUCGUGCCAUACACACAAAAGGAAUACUUAGAGGCCAGCAACAAGUCGAAAUUGAGUGAACUGGUAGAAGAAGCGCCGUUAGCCACGCUUCUCAAGCUUAUUGGCCAACAGCUCGGGGGUUUGCAACUGUAUCUGGCGACCAAUGCUACAGGCCAGUCGUAUCCUGGAGUACCCAAGUUUUUCAAGUCCCACUACUGGCCCACGUCGCCGGUCUUUGACGCCAAGGACUAUUGGUACAUCAUACUCAGUGACAUCGGUAUUAUCUCCACCUUGACGGUCAACUACCUAUGGUACAGAGCGUACGGGGCCCACGUUGUGUUAAUCAAUUGGUUUUUGCCAUGGCUAUGGGUCAACCACUGGUUGGUGUUUGUGACCUUUUUGCAACACACUGAUCCCACCAUGCCUCACUACGACGCAGAAGAGUGGAGUUUUGCCAAAGGUGCCGCUGCCACUAUCGACAGAAACUUCGGAUUUGUGGGCCAACACAUCUUCCAUGACAUUAUCGAGACCCACGUUCUGCACCACUACUGCAGCAGAAUCCCAUUUUACAAUGCCAGAAAAGCUACCUCAGCAAUCAAAGAGGUUAUGGGGAAGCAUUAUCGCUACGAAGGCGAAAACAUGUGGAAAUCUCUGUGGAAAGUGGCCAGAUCUUGUCAAUAUGUGGAGAGUGACAAGUCCGCCGAUGGGGUUUACAUGUUCAGAAACUUCAACAACGUAGGCCCAAAACCUACACCCCAGACCUAA